CUCCCAUUGGCUGCAGACUGUGAGAACCUCCCGCAAACUCCAGACUCACACAUUCAUAUGGAGAUUUGGGAGUAUAAAUAGAGGGAGAGGAGAGAGAGUUGAGCACAGAUCUCAUCUGAUCCUAACGGAGAACUGAACACAAGACACACAGCCAUGGCACCUACAAUCACUGGAUCAGUCAUCAGCAGAGAACAACUUCCACUCUCAAACAAGCUGAGAAAGCCAAUAGUGGAGAAGAUCCGCAGAGAACGAAUCAACAGCAGCAUUGAGAAGCUCAAGUCUCUUCUGGGUCAAGAGUUCCUAAAGCAACAGCCCGACUCCAGACAGGAGAAAGCUGAUAUCCUGGAGAUGACGCUGGAUUUCUUGAGACGCCAGCAGCGCUCCCAGAAUCCCUCGGCCUGCAGCUCUACUGCAGCUCGUGACGGACGCUCCAGAUGUGUGCAGGAGGCCGUCAACUUCCUGUCUCAGUGUCCAGUGCAGACGGAGUCCCACAGAAGACUGCUGAAGCACUUCCUGCACACGCAGCCCUACACAGAGAACAACACACGAGUGCCGCCUCAGAUCAGUUCACCAGCCGCACAGAGCAGCAGCAAAGAGCAAACUCUGGCGCUCUGGAGACCCUGGUAGAGCCACCAGCACCCGUAUGAUUUAUCAGACAGAAUUCAUAAUGCCACUCUGAGAUUGGCAUGGACUGAAAUUCUAAUGUAGGAAUUGAUUUCCGCCUCUGCUGCUUAUGCCGGACCUUUAAUCUGCUUUCAGAGAAAGUGUGUUUCAUUGAAACUGUAUGACCAGUGGUAUUUGAUGAAAAUGUAUAGAAUCAUUUGCUGUGUAAAAUGAUUACUACAUUCGUGAAAAUUAAGAUUGAAACAAACGUUAAAGUCUUAUUCAGACGUCUGAGCUCUUGUAGCUCUU